UGCCAUUUAUUUAGUUCGCUUUCAAGUGCUUUGUUGGGCAGUUCGCGCAAAUUUUGACGACGAUAUCGACAGACAACCCGAACAUGUCAGAGCUCAGCGUACGCCCCGUCAACGAACAUCUGCAGAAAAUUGCCAUUGAGCAGUUGAAUGAGGUGCCCGAACGCAUUGGUGCUGAUAUUGCGGUGCUACGCACUUGGAUAAAACAACAGCCACAUUUGCGUGCGCGCGAUGAUGAUCAGUUUUUGAUUUCCUUUUUGCGUGGCAGCAAAUACAGCUUGGAAAAGGCUAAAAGUAAAAUAGAUAAAUUCUAUACGCUGCGCACUAAAUAUCCAGAAUUUUUUGCCGCCUCCAAUGCGGAUGAAGCAAUUGUUAGAGAGAUUAUUAACGCUGGCUUACUGUUGCUGCUGCCUACACCAUUGAAUGAGCAUGGUCCACGCAUUAUUCUCAUACGCCAGGGUCAACUGCCAGCUGAGAAAUAUAAGUUUGAUGAAUUUGCACGCGCGAUCAGCCAUAUACAAGAAAUCAUAAUAUGCGAUGAUGAUUACGCCAUUAUAUCGGGAAUGGUAUCGAUUAUAGAUGUCGAGCGCGCUACGCCUGCGCAUGUCAUGCAGAUGACACCGAGCAUUAUGAAGAAGAUGUCCGUACAGGCUGAGGAGGCGGUGCCGUUGCGUCCCAAGCAACAGCAUUUCAUACAUACGCCAAAUGGUUUUGAAACAUUUUUCAAUUUACUUAAACCGAUGAUGACCAAAAAACAACAGGAAAGAAUUUCAGUGCACGCCGGAAAGUUGGAUAGAUUUUACGAUCAUAUACCACUGCGUUAUCUACCUGUAGAAUAUGGUGGCGAUAACGGUAGUAUAAAAGAGAUUAUAAACUACACUAAUAAACAGUUGGACGAUUAUCGAGAAUACUUUAAGGAGAAUGUGAACUAUGGCACCGAUGAGAGCUUGCGAGUUGGCAAACCCAUAGAUUUUGAGAGCAUCAACGAUAACAACGCUCAAAUGUCGCAAUUGAAUAUACGGCCACUACCAGAAAAUCUACAAAAAGUGGCAAUCGAGGAGCUGCAUGAGCGACCGGAGCGCCUACAAGAGGAUCUACAGGCGUUGAAGAGUUGGGCCGACAAAGAGCCACAUUUGAAUGUGCGUCCCGAUGAUCAGCUUUUGGUAGGAUUUCUACGUGGUUGCAAAUUCAGCCUAGAAAAGGCCAAGUCAAAGCUCGAUUGGUUCUAUACAUUGAAAACUAAGUAUCCUGAUUUUUACACUAUAUCCGAUGUGAAUGAUCCGACUGUACAGGAACGCUUGCGUUAUGGCUCUGGUUCGCUACUACCUACGCCAUUGCAUGACACUGGUCCACGAAUUAUGUUUAUACGCGCCGGCAGUUAUCCACCCGAUAAGUAUACGUUCAAGGAAAUAAUGGCAGUAGCGCAUGCGCAACAAGAACUAUGGAUACGCGAAGAUGAUUAUGCGGCUGUAAAUGGUUUCAUUGAUGUCUUGGACGUAUCACGUUUAACGGCAGCGCAUUUGGCCCAACAUACGCCAAAUGUUGUUAAGAAGAUGUUAGUUUUUGCAGAACAAGCGAUACCUUUGCGACAACGUGCCACGCAUUUCAUUAAUAUACCAGCAGGCUUCGAAAAGGUAUUCAAUAUGCUUAAACCGCUGAUGCCAGCCAAGCAGCAGGAGCGUCUUCAUUUACAUGGCAACAAUUUGGAGUCACUGUAUGCGCAUAUACCACAAAAAUAUUUGCCCAAAGAAUAUGGUGGUGAAAAUGGUUCUAUUGAAGAGAUUACAGAGCUCUCAGUACAAUUCUUCUUGGAUAGGCGUGAUUACUUUAUAGAGGAUUAUAAAUAUCGGAAUAAUGAGAAGUUGCGUGUUGGCAAGCAGCCAGACUUUGAUAGUAUAUUCGGCAUGGAUGGCACAUUUCGAAAUCGUGAAAAAAAAACGAAAAUGACCACGCCCACGAUAGAUAUACGCCCACUAACACCUGCGCUACAACGAAAAGCAAUUGCCGAAUUAAAUGAGGUGCCCGAACGUCGGGCCGUGGACAUCGCUGCAUUGAGAGAAUGGUUGCUAAGGCAACCACAUUUAAAGUGCCGCAUGAGCGAUCAAUUUCUUGUAAGCUUCCUGCGUGGCUGCAAAUUUAGUCUGGAGAAGGCGAAACGAAAACUGGAUCAAUACUAUACUUUGCGUACGGCCAUGCCCGAUUUGAAUCAACACAACUUUGUGGAUGAUCAACGGCUGCGCGCCAUUAUACGUUUGGGCGUUACGCUUUACUUGCCGCUACCGCUAAUGGAGGAUGGCCCAUCCUUAGUGUUAAUGCGCCCUGGCAAAUACGACCCCAACAAAUUCAAUAUGACUGAAAUAUUGCGCGCCAGCUUCAUACUGCAAGAUAUCUUUUUGAUAAGCAAUGAUAAUUUGAUUGUGGGUGGUUUUAUGCAAAUCGGCGACUUUGAGGACUUCACCAUGGCACAUUUCGUUCAAAUGAGUCCAACACUUAUGAAGCGCUUUAGCUUGUAUGCCGAAGAGGGUAUGCCGAUGCGCAUUAAAAAUUCACAUUUUUUCAAUACUGGCGCCGUAUUCGAGAAAAUGUUUGCCGCUGUUAAAUUGGUGAUGCCAGCGAAGAUGGUCGAAAGGCUCCAAGUGCACACCACGUUUGAAUCGCUUUGCGAAGCCGUACCCAUAAAGUAUCUGCCAAAGGAAUAUGGUGGUGAGAAUAGUAGCAUCGAGGAGAUUGUUGCUAGAAGUGAGCAGUUAAUUUUGGAAUAUCGCGAAUAUUUAUUGGAAGAGAAGAAUUAUGGUGUUGAUGAGAAGUUACGUGUGGGAGGCGGUUCAAUUAAUACCGGACCAUUAUUUGGUUUAGAAGGUACAUUUCGAAAGCUGGAUGUGGACUGAAAAAAUAGCAAAUAAGAAAUUAGAGUUAAGAAUAUUAUAUUUGUUAGUGCUAAGAAAAUUAGGCUUUCAGUGAUAAUAAAUAAAUAAGGAAAUGAAAACUGUC